AUGGCGCCGGUCAUGCCCGAGCAGGCCGGCGGCAGCGCUACUGGACGGUCCGGGCUUGACACUGGCACUGACGUUGCCACUGGUGCAACGGCCGCGACGGAUCUGGACCCCAAAGGCUGCAACUUGUGGCGCAUGACAUCAACGCAAGGCACCAGAUCCCGCCAAGGAGAUGCAGAUCGGGCUCCCAGACCUGACGGCCUUGUUCUUCAGCAGCAGCAGCAGCAGCAACAACAACAACAACAACCACAAAAACAGCAACAGGCUGAAAACAAAAACAACCCGCCGCACAGUUGGCGAAAGUGUGGAGACGUCGCGAGCAACAGACCUUGCUUGUCGAAACACCAAGUUCAGCGCUCAGACGGAAGCAUAGUCAUCCCCGCGCGACGUUCGUCCCGAGCAGAGCACGUCAGGAAAGAUCGUGAGAAGGAGCCGCGCUAUCCUUUCUCACCCAAUUGGACUCCCGCCUGGAACUUCCGCCCUCGCGACGACGCACACACUCUUGAGUGGGAAGACGGCCCGUCGAGGGAGGAGAUCGAGGUCGCCCAACGCAUCCUGAAGCGCGUUACCAUGGCCGGCUCGCAGCGCCCUGCGACCAGGUCCUCGCACAAGGGUGGACAACACAGUGAGCCCAAGCAGCGGCAGUCGAUGGUUAACGCGAGCGAAGAUGUCGCUGUCCUUACGCGAAUGUCCGCGACGCCCCCUCCUAUUGUCAGACCGAGGCUUGUGAUUCGCGACGACUCCUUCGAGGAUUCCUUCAGCGAAGACGAGCACGACAGGAACAGAAAUACCAGAAGGCCCUCGGCAGACCAGGGCAAGCUUCGUGGGCCGAUGAAAUCGGAAUCUAGCCUACGAGACCGCCGACUGAGCAUGCAGAGUACAGAGACACAAAGAAGAAUUGACCAUUCAAGUCUCCCACCGUUGCGCGAGAUAAGUUUCAACAGCAGUGAAGACACAAAUGGAAAUGACAUGGGAAGCAUUGGCGGCGAGCGAUCACCAGUCCUGGACCAUAUACGCCUCUACGAAGAUGCACCAACCGACAACAUCCCACCCUUGACAGGACCAUACUACCACCCACCAGACUCUCCUCACGAUCUCAAUGACUUCCGCCCAGAUUCGCCCCACGACUUUGAUAAUUUCGAUGGAUGCUACCUUGAAAACUUUUACAGCGAGGACCACCCCAGCUUGCCGCGAGGCGAGAUACCCCGUCGCAAGAGCUCCUUCAAGGGAACGCACAAAGUGGGCAGCAGCAAAAACGGCAGUCUUCAGGGUCGCCUAAACAGCGCACAGAGUGGCCAACGACAGCCCAAUGUGCUUCGUCGGAGGAGACACAGUCACGAUCUGGGUGAUGUCCACCGCGGAGGAUCUACCAAGUCCAAAGAGUCGGAUGGCCAGCUCAGCGUCGCUACUAGCGGUUCGGCGCGGAUGCCCGACUUUUUUGGUCCCAACAUCUACCACGUUGUGUUGCAAGAUCCCAUCACUGCUCAUCAGCUCCUCAAAUUCAGCGAAAGCCGGCUGUGUGCAGAGAAUAUUGAGUUUCUUCAGAAAGUUGACCACUACCAUCGCCUGAUAAACGAGCUCGGCGACACCGUCAGGUCCAUACACAGGGAGUACGUGUCAGACAGCUCCCCCAGGCAGGUCAAUCUGCAAGGCGCCGUCCUGAACAGGGUCGACAGCGACAUGCGUACUCUCAUGUCUCAGACACUCCCGCAGAUGAAUAAAAUGUUUUCCGGAGCUCAAAAGGGCGUCCAAGACCUCAUCUACGCAGAUGUCUACCCGGCCUUUGUGCGACACCAGCUCGCCCUGUCUGCAAGCCGGGCGCUGGCCUACGACCGUACCCGCUACCAGGGACUAGGAGACUCGUUCACGAUGACCGACCCCCGCCAGGCUGACAACCCCAUCAUCUUUGCAAGCGACGGUUUUGCGUCACUGACCGGCCACCCGCUGAGUGAUAUCAUCUCCAAGAACUGCCGAGUUCUGCAGGGCAAGCAGACGGACAAGCAGGCUGUUGCCAGGGUCAGAAGUGCCAUCAGGGAAGAGACCGAGGUUGUAGAGCUGGUCCUGAACUAUAAGAAGAAUGGUGACCCUUUCUGGAACCUUCUUUAUAUUGCACCGCUAUUCGACGAACAGGGACAGCUGGCUUUCUUCAUCGGCGGGCAAGUCAACUGCUCCACGACGAUCCACAGCAGCGCCGACGUGAUGCGCGUGCUUUCAAUGUCCUCGGACCCUUCCGAGACCGACUCCCAAGGGUCGCCCGCCGACCUGAACGAGACGACAGCAAAGCAGCCGCAGACGUCGCCUCAGUCCACAACGCCCCCGCGCAAGUCGAGCGCCCGCAAGGUCCUGCUCAAGGCCUUUGGCGUGCGGACCCAGGACGAAAACGACUCGAGCGUGCAGGCGGUACCGGCCAUGGCCGACGCCGGAAUGGGACGGAAGCUGUUGAGCAAGAUGGAGGGGCAGGAUAUCGGCGCCCAGAUGAGGGAGUUUUAUUCGGCGUAUUCCAAGUACAUCGUCGUCGACGCAACCUUCAAGAUCCGCUUCCACAGCGCCGGCAUACUAUCCAUGCUCCACCCAGCCAACAACGUCGGCGAGCUGGCGGGGACCGACAUCUUCCGCUUCCUGCGGCAGAACACGCUCACCUCGUCCCCGGCCAUCGGCAACGACCACGGGUUGCACACAGGCGCCGGCGCCACCCUGCCUGCGCCCGUGGCGUACAAGGGCAGGGUCCGCGCCGCGCUGCGGGCGGGCAACGCCAUCAGCAUCCAGGUGCGCCUCCAGACGAGGAGGAGCGCGGCGUUUCGGGGCGACGAGAUUUUUGCCGCGCACUGGACGCCGCUCAAGGACGCCAAGGGGGAGGUCUGCUGGAUUGUGCUGUGUUUGGGAGCUAUGCUUGGGGAGUAA